AGAGCGGGACUCAUGCUCGAGUUUCCAUAGCAACCGAGCUGCGGCCUACGUGGAAGAGAUGAGCCUGGGCCUCACGUUUGCUCGUUUCGGGAGGUCAGCGACCGCUCGGCUGCUGCGGGCGGCGGCCUCUGGAUGGCCGCGCCCGGUUUUCCAUGCCGGUGCUGGUCGCGAAGGCGGGCGGUUCGCGGUGCAGUGCAGAGGUCUCCGGACCGGCCGGGGACAGCGGGCCACCGUGGGCGCAACCCAGGCCUCUGCCACACACUAUCAGUUGAUCUACACCUGCAAAGUGUGCAAUGCAAGAUCAGCAAAGAGGAUUUCCAAGCUUGCUUAUCACAAUGGAGUGGUUAUUGUAAAGUGUUCUGGGUGCAACAAUCAUCAUAUUAUAGCAGACAAUUUGGGAUGGUUUUCAGACCUAGAAGGAAAAAAGAAUAUUGAAGAAAUAUUGGCUGCAAGAGGCGAAAAGGUUCAUCGAGUGAUUGGUGAUGGCUCUCUGGAAAUUAUGACAGAUGUUAAAAGUGAUAAACCUGGAGAUUCAGCUGAGGGAGACAUUUCUAAGGGCCACCUGAGCUCUGGAGAUCAACCUAAAUCCUGAUACUGUUGCCAGCAUAGAACGUUUUGGUGAAGGAGAUCAUCACUGGGGUCCCUGGAAUUACCUCUUUAUUUGAGUUCAGCUGAUCUGAGGAAAAUUCCACAAAGUAUGACAUUGUCCACCAAUAAGCUUAAACGACUGCAGAUGACACAUUAAGCCUGUAGUCUAUAUAAUCUGCAGUAGCAAGAGGUUCAAGAAAGGAUGAGGGUAGCAGGUGCAUGAAAAUACCAAAUUGUAGUUCGCCUCCACAAGUCAUGCAGUAUCCUUACUGGAAAUAUCCUGCCAAUACUUCAUCAUUGUGGAGCAGCUACAUCUCACAGACAGCAGCACUGGACAACUCACCACCUUUGCCAGGUCCAUUAGAGAUGUGUCCAUGUGUGCACGUCUGUAAAUAGUUUGAACAAAGCUUUGGAGCCAGCAGACCUCAACGAUGUCUAAGAAGAAUUAUGAAGUAAAAUAUGCAAGCCAAAGAUAUGUAUUUUUCUAAGUGUAUUGAAUUGUUCCUUCAGAAAUAAAGACAGCCUUUAGAGAAGCUCAUUCACAGGAAGAGUAGCAGAUUCGCUUGUUCAAUAUUGUCUGACAUUGCUCUGAAAAAGGAAGAAAUUAAGAUAGAACAGUUCAGUUCUAAACUGAAUUUUAGAAGUUUAUCUGAAAUGAAAAAAAAGAUUGCCAGUUUGCAUCGCCAUAAUUUUCAGGCAAAUUGUAAAUGAAGAUUGUAAGUCUCGACUGUUUUUUGUCAUUCGUGUCUGCUUGUCUAUGGAUAGAGUUUGUAAUUACAAAAUCUGUCAAUACUUUGUAGAAUUAUAAUAAAAUAGCAUAAAAUACAACCUAA